AUGGAUAUGGGUAACCAACACCCAUCCAUAAAACGGUUGCACGAAAUACAGAAAGAAGUCAAAGAGAUUGAGCAGCAAGUGGCCGUCUUCAGCGGUUUGUCUACUGAUCGGGAUUACAAGAAAUUAGAACGGAGCCUCACUAAACAGCUUUUUGAAAUCGAUUCUGUGGACACCGAAGGGAAGGGCGACAUCCAGCAAGCCAGGAAGCGAGCUGCUCAGGAAACGGAGAGGCUGCUGAAGGAGCUGGAGCAAAAUGCAAACCACCCGCGCCGGCUGGAGAUAGAGGCAAUAUUCCAGGAGGCGCAGUCGCUGGUGGAACACGAGAUUACCCCUUUUUACGAGGGAGGCAGCUGCAUAAGCGACGGAUUUGAAGACGGCAUUCAGGACAUCGUGUUGAGGCUCACGCAGGUGAAGACGGGAGGGAAGGUUUCUCUGCGCAGAGCGAGGUACCGCACCCUGACCAAAGUCUGCGCCGUGCAGGAGAUCAUCGAAAGCUGCGCGAAGCAGCAGCUGUCCCUGCCGCUCUCCAACGAGGCGCAUCCUUCCGUCUCCAAAAUCAACUCGGUCCUGUGCGACGUGAACAAAGCGCGGGGGACUCUGAUUGCGCUUCUGAUGGGAGUGAGCAGUAACGAUACCUGCAGGCAUCUGGCCUGCGUGCUCACGGGCCUCGUCGCCGACCUGGAUGCUUUAGAUGUCUGCGGCCGCACGGAAAUCAGAAACUACAGGAAGGAAGUGGUGGAAGAGAUCAACAAAUUGCAGAAGUACCUGGACUUGGAAGAAGAAGCAAAUUCUACUCACGCCUAUGAUCUGGCACAAAACCAGUCCAUUCUGAAAAUAGAAGAGAUCCGCAAGAAAAUGAGGGAAGUUAAUUCCUUACUUUUAAAAACAGAGAAUGCUUCUGAUUUGUAUUUGGGAUCCAAAGCGGAGUUGCAGGGAUUAAUUGCCCGCUUGGAUGAGGUGAGCCUGGGAAAAAACCCCUGCAUCAGAGAAGCCAGGAGGAGAGCAGUGAUAGAAGUUCAGACUCUGAUAACGUACAUUGAUUUGAAGGAAGCGCUUGAGAAAAGGCAAAUGUACCCCGAGCAAACCGCUGCCGAGCACCAGUCUCACAGAGCCGUCUGGACCGUCCUGGGAAACCUGUCGCAGAUUCAGCGGGAGGUGAUUUCCUUCGAUGGAAACAGAACGGAUAAAAAUUACAUGAGGCUGGAAGAACUGCUCACCAAACAACUCCUGGCGCUGGAUGCCGUUGACCCGCAAGGCGACGAGCGGUGCAAGGCCGCCCGGAAGCAGGCGGUGAAGCUGGCGCAGAAUAUUCUUUACUACCUGGACAUGAAGACAGACGAAUGGGAGUACUGAAACGGCCACGGCCUGGCAGAGAAGGACUGUCCUUUCCCUUUG